GGCCUCAGUUGUCUUCGCCCCCAAAACAUGUCUUGUUUGCUCCAAAUCCUCUGGAGGUUGUAAUGUCGGCUUUAAAAAGGAGCAUGAGGCGGUCAUGUAUGGCGGGGGUGGGGGGUGUCAGGAUGCUCCUGAACGGCACCGUCCCUCUGUCGGUUAAUUUCGUCACUCCGGGCGACUUUCUCAUCUUCAUCUUCCACAUCGUGUUCGCCACCAGCGCGGUGCCGGUGGCCGGCUCGGUGGUGGCGGGCAUCUCCUUCAGCCGCUGCCUGCGCGUCCAGAAUCGCUUCAUCUUCAUGCUCAACACCAGCAUCAGCGACACCCUCACCGGCUUCUCGGUGUACUACCUGGGCCUCUUCGACGUCCAGGAGGGCUACCCGUCCAGGAACGGGACCUUCUACAUCCUGCCGUCCUUCCUGGGCGUCAACGUGCUGACCUUCCUCUUCGCCCAGUUCGACCGCUACCUGGCGGUGUGUCACCCCUUCUUCUACAACCGCUACAUCAGCAGGUCGCUGGUUAUCGGCGUGUGCGCCUUCUGCUGGAUCUACACCUACUCCAUCCUCACCGUCCAGAACAUGGUGCCCAUCUCCAAGGCGGCCCAGAUCAACGCCUUCGGCGUGAUGACGCUGCAGAUCAUCGUGCUCAUCAAGGUGCUGAUGACCGUCAAGCUGUACGUCAUCGCCAGGAACCACCUGGCUAGAGAGCCCCCCAGCGCCGAGAGGGACAACAAGAAGGAGUCGCUGCGAAUCAUCGUCUUCGUGGUCAUCUGCUUCCUGGCCCUCUGGUGCCCCUCCUUCGUCAACAUCAUCGUCAGGCAGCUCAGCAGGACUCACGGACUCCGGUUCAGGAACGAGGCCACCAACCUGUUCGCCAUCUUGGCGCGCCUCAACGCCCUCGUCACCCCGGCCUUGUACAUCUGGGGGAGUCCCGCUCUGCGUGGGGCCGUGUGGAAGGUCGUGUGGCGCCGAGUGUGCCCCAGACGGAGGGCCAGAAUUGAUGUUUAACUUCAACGGUGUGAGAACAUCAAGGUACUG